AUGGGGUUUAGCAAUGGUGGCUUGUUCUCAAUGUUGCUAACACUGGUAAAUGAUCUGUGCUGGCAUGUACGCUGUCUCUCGUGCAGUGUUUGCAGAACUUCUUUAGGAAGGCAUACCAGCUGCUAUAUCAAAGAUAAAGACAUCUUCUGCAAACUUGAUUAUUUCAGACGGUAUGGAACCCGUUGUUCACGCUGCGGUAGACACAUCCAUUCUACUGACUGGGUCCGAAGGGCUAAAGGAAAUGUGUAUCACUUGGCAUGCUUUGCCUGCUUCUCCUGCAAAAGACAGCUUUCCACUGGGGAGGAGUUUGCUUUGGUUGAAGAGAAAGUCCUUUGUAGAAUACACUACGACUGUAUGUUGGACAACCUAAAAAGAGAAGUUGAAAAUGGGAAUGGGAUUAAUGUGGAAGGAGCAUUAUUAACAGAACAAGAUGUUAAUCAUCCAAAACCAGCAAAAAGAGCUCGGACCAGCUUCACAGCAGAUCAACUCCAGGUUAUGCAAGCACAGUUUGCUCAGGACAACAAUCCAGAUGCACAGACCCUACAAAAACUGGCAGAAAGAACAGGCUUGAGCAGGCGUGUGAUACAGGUGUGGUUUCAAAACUGUAGAGCACGUCAUAAGAAACAUGUUAGUCCUAAUCACUCAUCUACUGCUCCUGUCACAGCAGUUCAACCAUCUAGGCUGUCUCCACCAAUGUUAGAAGAAAUGGCAUACUCUGCAUAUGUACCCCAAGAUGGGACUAUGUUAACUGCUCUACAUAGUUAUAUGGAUGCUCAUUCACCUACAGCUCUUGGACUCCAGCCCUUGCUACCCCAUUCAAUGACACAACUGCCAAUAAGUCACACCUAAUUCCUUUCUUUCAGGGAUAUAAGCUAUUGAGGAUGUAAUCUCAAGAGUCAUUUAUUGUGUAUUAAAAUAUCAUUGAAAAGAUAUUAAUGUUAAUUUUUUAAUUUAACAUCCAAAGCGUUUUCAAGACCAUGCCCAGAUAUGUAAGUAUAGUUGGCCUGCAAGACACUUUUAUGGAUUCUGCAUAAAUAACUAUUAUGUUGUUUACAAGACUUAUUGAAAACACCUUUUUUGUAUUGUCUGGAAGUAGUCCACUCUAGUUAUGUGUUUGUUAAUUUAUUUGUCAUCAAAAAGAGCACUUUGCCUAACAGAAAGGACUGACAAUUGUGCAAAAUGUUUACAACUCUUUGUGAAAUUGUAGCUUAUCAUUUGUUUGUACCUGUAAGUUAUUGUUAUAAAAAAAGUACUACCUGUAUUUGAGUUAUAUACAGCCUAUACUUUAAAGCUUAUGUCUGAGUUGGCUAAAAUAAAUUUCAGUUGCAAAUAUUUUCAAAAUGGAACCGAAUAAACUUUCUGCUGUAGCAUGCU